AUGCUCCGACUCAAGACCUCUGUGGAGGAAGAGAGCAGCCGUGAGAUCCAGCAGCUUCGCCAGGCCGUCGCCCAAGACGAUGCCCUGCUCCUCGACGAGAUGCUCAGCCAAGAGAUCUACAAGAGGGUCAUCAACUGCCGCGGCGGCUGGGGCAUCGCCGGCACGCCUCUCCGCAUGGCCGCCUCCAAGGGCCACCUGCGCUGCCUGCAGGUGCUGCUGGCCCACAGCGCCCACGUCGACUGCGUGGACGUCAAGGCGCAGACGCCGCUCUUCACGGCCGUGUGCGGCAAGUACCUGGAGUGCGUGCUUGCGCUGCUCAAGGCCGGCGCCGACCCCAACGGCAGCAUGGCCAACAACUGCUCGCCGGUGUUGACCGCCGCCCGGGAGGGCGACGCCGUGGUCCUGCGCGAGCUGCUGCGCCACGGCGCCGAGGUCAACUCGCGCUCCAAGGUGCUGCUGUGGAGCUCGGGGGCGAGCGUGUCCAGCGGGCCGCUCUACCUGUCGGCCGUGUACGGACACAUGGAGUGCUUCAAGGUGCUGCUGGCGUUCGGCGCCGACCCGGACUAUAACUGCACCGACGGCGGGCUGCUGAGCCGCAUCAAGCAGCCCAAGACGGUGCUGGAGAUGUGCCUGCGGCACGGCUGCGGCGUGGAGUACGUGAGGCUGCUCAUCGACUUCGGCGCCAACGUGUACCUGCCCACGCUGAUCAUCGAGAAGUCCACCAAGCAGAACGAGGCGGUGGAGCUGCUGCUGCGGGAGAGAGGAACUCCCAAGUCUCUGGCCUCCCAGUGUCGACUGGCCAUCCGGGGACAGCUAAAGAAGGCCGACCGGAUCCAGUGCGUGGACCAGCUGGCGAUGCCCCGGAGACUCAUCGACUACCUGGAGUACAGGAACAUGCCCGUCAUGAUCCUAUAGCUCGCUGACGGCCGCUCGCCAACACGGUGCCCCUGUUAGAAGCACUUCUUAAACGCAUCAGGAUAUGCCUUAGUUUUCUUUGUUUUUAUUUUUGCUCUUUACAGUUUUUUUGAGCCAAGUUUUAGUUUUUAAGCUUUUUGUUGAGGUUAUGAAGAAUUUUUUAGUUUUGUUUCACUUUUCUGUUUUGUACUUUAUGGCAUAUUCGUCAUCUUUGUCGAUGUUAGACGUGCAGCUGGUUCUAGACUUACAUUAAAUGGGUCGAGCUCUCUGCAAUUCUGUGCACCGCUUUCUCGUGCUUUCUUUCUCAUAUGCAUGCGUGUGUGUGUGUGAGAGAGCGAGAGAAAGGAUGUUUAGAAGGACGUCAACCCUGUGUGAUGUGUGUGAAGAGUUGAAACGGUAAAUGUGUUACAAUAGAAAAAAAGACAUUGUUUGAUGCGUCUAGUUAUAGGUUCCACAAAUGUCGACCACCUAACCUGUGGGCAUCUUUGAGCAGAGGCAUAACUACCGGCUCUUUAAAGACAUGCUUAUGAUAACUUAGGACCAAAGUGUUAUCAUUACUAUACUCGAUGCCACGAAACAAGAAAAAGAUGCACACAUUUGCCAUCAACUGAGUUUUUAAGCCAGUAAUUCCCCCUUGUUUCAAAGAGAGAAUUACCAGGAAAAUCUGCCCCUUGGACACAGAGAGCGAUGUACAGCCUAGAAAAUCCUUAUGUUCUAUCACGAGUUGGCCCAAAAGCUACGCAUUACAACGUGUGGAUAAUGUCCUGAAUAAUCGAAUACAACACAACUAUUGUGCAUGCCAAACAUCUGAUAUUAAACACAAUGUAUAUUUCGUUACUCUA